GAGACGGAAGCUCGUCAGCGCAAGUUGUAGAGACCCGCUACGUGUAGGCUUUUGCUAAGUAACAAUGGUGAGUCAGUACACCCCAGAAAGAGUUUGCUUAUAAAACGGCGACGGAAUCAUUCGCAUUUCAUAAACACAGAUUACAGUAAGAACACCAUGCUUUGGAAUCCCGUCUUCUCGUGCUUCGCAUUCUACAGCACGCUUUUAAUUCUGAAGAUGUACAUCCUUGCCAUCAUCACGGGACAAUUGAGGCUGCGAAAAAAGGCUUUCGUUAACCCUGAGGACGCUGCAAGGCAUGGAGGAGAUCGGUUCUGCAGAAACGAUCCGGACGUGGAGCGGUGUAGAAGGGCUCAUCUCAAUGACAUGGAGAACAUCUUCCCCUUCCUGUUCCUGGGGUCCAUCUACUCCUUCACUGAGCCAUCCCUGGUGGCAGCACGAGGUCACUUCCUGAUCUUCUUUGUGGCCCGCAUUGUCCACAGCGUGGCGUAUCUGUUGGCCCUGAAAGCACCGACACGGUCGCUGGCGUACACCAUCGCCCAGUUGCCCUGCAUCUCCAUGGUGAUACAGAUACUUGUUGCCAUGGCCUCCUAUGCAUGACAAUGUCCAGGACGCGCAUCACCAUAACUGUUCAUUGGUUAUAGCCUUUACCCAGUUUCCUAGAGGGUCAUGAUGCCUCGAUGACUGAUUGUAAGGAACACAAAUAUAAACAUUUCACCAGUAGGCCAAGCCGAAGUGUUAGGAUUCAAAUGAAGGGUAUAGAUAUUGGGUUAGAGGUUUGAACAUUGCAGCACUAGCACCUCCAUUACCUCCUGUUUACAAAGCAGCCAUGCCACUAUUUUCUUCAUUUCAAGUGUACAAAUUAAAGGUCAUUUUAUAGACAACAAGGCUGUUCUGCAAAGGUUGCCACUCCUCAACAGAAAGGUCUGUCACCGCUGAUCCUUCUGUCUUCAGCCAAGUGAGAUGCAGUGAUAAGUAAAGCUUUUGCAACAAACACUGGCUGCACUCUGUCUCUUGCACUCCUAAUUCUCUCUGCCGUUACAAGCCUCUUGGCAGAGUUGUGAGUUUGGGCGAAUUUUGCUAUGAACAGAAUGACAAACUAUAUACUGAAUGGAAAAGUGGAACAAACAAGUAAGUCUGACAAUUGUGCUGGACUGCAAUAUAAUUAUUAGGUUGAGAGGUUCUGGCUUCUUUUAAUACUACCACCGUUUAGUAAAGGAAUGAUAAGUCUCUAGUAUUUUAGGGUGGUAUUUUGAAGAGAAUAUUUGCAUAUUAAAUUAUAAAGAUUAUUUUUAAUUAUGUUACUUCUCUAGCUAUGAUAUUAUCAAAUGUAUGCAUGAAAAUGAAUGUUUUUAUAUUAAAGAUAUUAUCCAUGCUCUCA